UUCGUCUUCACGUCUCUUUUUUAAAAUUCUUAGAGAUGGAGACCGAAAAAAAAAAAAGUCUGCAAAUUCCCUUCUGAAUCAAGGAUUAAUUAUACUCCAAUUUUACCAACAAUAAAAAUUCAGUGAAUUUCCUCUUUCGUCCACGCAAGCGGCACUUCGCUUCUUUUCUUCCUUUUUGGUCUCUCUUUUCUCUGCAAGCAAUAGUUUUCCAGUUUCCUUCUUUCUCUUAUUUACCUUCGUACCAUCUACUUCUUUCCUAUUCGUUUCAUUGCAUUUUUUUUUUCUUGCGCAAUCUUAACUGGGUAGGAGUAAAUUUCACUGAUUAUUACUGCUUUUUUCCCCUUGCUUUUCACAGCUCUUCUUUGGUGGGUCGCAGGUAAGUUCGUGUUUUUUGCAUCUAUACUAUCUAAUUAUUCAUUUUGAAUCUUAUUUGUUUAAUUCGCUUAUCGGUUUCUUUCUCUAAAUCUUUUUCGUUUUAAUUUCUUCUGUUGUUGGGAUUGGGUUUGAAAAAUAUGCUGCGUUUAUGAUUAAUAUAGCAUCUGAGUUUGACUUGUAAUUUAACACAGAAGCUUUGUUUUAAUCAUAGUUAUCGCCAUGAGCUUGUAAGAGUUCAUGUUGGAGAUAAAAGCUGCUGUUUUGCGUCUUAUUCUUAUAUGAUCAUAAGGAAGUCCUAUGUUUAAGUUUGGGGUUUUACUUUUUGAAGCAUACACUGAGUUGAAUCAGGAUAGAUUAUUUUCUUCCUUUUUUUUUUAUUCUUUUUUGCUUCUUUUGGGCUUAUCCUUUGUGAUAAUCAAUUGGUGUUGCCUUUUGCCCCUCCCUCAAAUAGUUUUAACGAAUAUGGUGAUUUAUGGAUUUUUCUAAGUCCUUUUUACACAGAGACUCUGAUUGCUUUGGAGGUUCUGCGAUACCGAGGAAUUACUUAUUCUGGAGCUGUUGCAUUGCAGUUCAUGCCUCACUGAACCUUGCUGUAACCAUUUACGCGGUUUGUGGAAUGGACUGGCUGUUUUGGCCGACUGCCUGUAUUUGUGAAUAAUGUUCAGGGGGCAAAAGGCUGCAAAUGCUCUUAGUAUUUUCAAAUGGGGAAAUAGUGGUGAAUCAUCGUUAACAACACGCUUGGUUCAAGAUGUGUUUCCUGAGAUCGAGUUGUCUGAAUAUGGUAGGCUACCAAGUCCUGGAAGCGAGAGCCCUUCUGGACUUCUUAAUGGAGAGAGCUUGAAUGUGGAACCAAUUGCGGACUUGGACCUGUUCUUUGAAAGACUUUACAGCUACUACUGUGAGAAAGGCCUUUGGUGCAUUAUUAUAAAGUGGAUUGUUGAGCUUCUUAGUCUUGGAUUCACCAUAUGUUUUUCAGGAUUCUUCUUGUUAUAUGUUGAUUGGAAUGGUCUUCGUAAUGCAAAAUGUGGUAUGGAUGCGGUUGAGUCUGGAAUUAAACCAUGUGAUCUUGCUAAGGAAGCACUUCACCGGCACCCAUUAGUCCCUUUUACACUUUCAAAGGCCAUCAUUGUAGGAUAUCUCGGGCUAUUCUCAAUAUACUGGAUCUUUUGUUUCCUCAGGUUUUUUGCCCAGUUAAAAGAUACUCUUGCGAUCCGGCACUUCUAUCACACCAGUCUCCAUGUUACUGACAAUGAAAUCCAAACCAUGCCAUGGGCGACAAUUCUUGAAAAGGUUGUUCAGCUACAAAGUUCACAACAGCUUUGUGUUGUUAAGGAUCUUACCGCCCAUGAUGUGGUGAUGCGACUAAUGCGGAAGGAGAACUACUUGAUUGGACUGCUUAACAAAGGAGUGCUUGCUUUUCCAAUCUCUCAGUGGGUCCCAGGUGCUGGUCCAAUAGUUAAGUCUGGGCCAAAUGGAGCUCAUCGCCUAAUGCUGACAAAGACCCUUGAAUGGACCUUAAAUUGGUGCAUACUGCAUAGCAUGUUUGAUCGGAAUUUUUGUGUUAGAAGGGACUUUAUUUCUAAUCCGAAAACAUUAAGAAAAAGGCUUAUGGUAGUCGGGCUUGCCAUGCUUCUUCUGUCGCCAUUUCUUGUUAUAUUCAUGUUAGUAUAUCUGUUCUUAAGGCAUGCUGAACAGUUCUACAAUCAUCCAAGCACAGCAUCUUCUCGAAGAUGGUCAAAUUUGUCAAAGUGGAUUUUCAGGGAAUUUAAUGAGGUCGACCAUCUAUUCAAGCACCGGAUUAACAGCAGUGUAGUGCAUGCUUCUGAAUAUCUAAAGCAAUUCCCUUCACCAAUCAUUUCUAUCAUCGCAAAGUUCAUCUCUUUUGUCUCUGGUGGCUUUGCAGCAAUUUUGAUCAUCAUUGCUUUUCUGGAGGAAUCUCUACUAGAGGGCCAUAUAUUUGGCCGCAAUUUGUUUUGGUAUGCUGCUGUUUUUGGAACUAUAACGGCUAUUAGUAGAGCUGCUAUUACAGAUGAGCUUCUGGUCCUUGAUCCAGAGGGAGCAAUGUCUAUGGUGGUCCAACAAACACAUUAUAUGCCAAAGAGGUGGCGCAGUAAAGAAAAUACCGAGACUGUUCGUGUCGAGUUUGAAACCCUAUUCCAGUAUACAGGAAUGAUGCUACUUGAGGAGAUGGCGUCAAUUUUCCUUACGCCAAUUUUGCUUAUAUUUGUUGUUCCAGAGCGGGUGGAUGACAUUCUAAAAUUCAUUGCUGAUUUCACAGUGGAUGUUGAAGGUGUUGGUCAUGUUUGCAGUUUUAGCAUCUUCGACUUUCAGCACCAUGGCAAUAGCAAUUAUGGCUCACCACACAAUGUACCUCGUAGUCAGAGAAGCUCUCAGGGGAAAAUGGAGAAAUCAUUUUUGAGUUUCCAGAGUAGCUAUCCUUCUUGGGAGCCAAAUCCGGAGGGAAAGCAGUUCCUGUUGAAUCUUAGAACUUUCAGAGAACAAAAGCUGCAGGAGCAAUAUGCUAGAUAUGGAUAUUCUGCUGCUAGGAUGUGGCGAGGUGGCGCAAAUCUGAGAGGCCAUGUUGAUAGAAACAGCAUUUUAUCAAGGGAGAUUCCAUUGAAUCCUCCUGUAACUGGCCAUCAUUCGGAUUCGUUAUGGCUAAUUGAUGCAGAUCAAAAGAGUCAUCCUUAUCUUCUUGACUGGUACUAUAUGUCUCGGCCUGAACAGGUAAGCAGAACUGCAAGAAUCAGUCAGGUAAGAUUAUCUGAAGCAACUGAACAAUAUCCAGGAGAUUUUUGGAUGCAACCAAAAGCAACGAAAAAUGAUGCGAGGAACAAUGACUACUGGGAAAACCAGUACGAGGAUCGGUGGCAGUCGCAUCUGGAGGCAUCAACAUCAGCUCCUUUCUUCCGUGAGAGUGUUCUACAGCAUCAUGAAGCAAGCAAUGUUGGACAACACACUAGAAGCCAUUGGUGGGCUAGAAGCAGCCCUCGUGGUGCACAGACGGAAAGUUUUCUGGAGCCUCCUGAUUUCAACCGCUACAUUCCAGACAACUAUCAUGAUAAUUUCUUUGAAAGAAGUGAAGAGCAAGAUCAGUUCUUGGAUUGGAGGAGUCCACAGCGGUUAUCCCAGACUGCUUACACGGAUGACCUUGAAGUGAGAGGAGGGGAUGUUAGUCUCCAUUUCGAUGAUAUUUACAGCAGACCUCCUGAAAGUCCCAUUCUCGAAAUAAAACCUCCAACCUUCUAGUGAUUAAAUAACACUUAGUUUGUUGAGAAUAACUUUUGAUUUCAGAUGGAUGGAAUGCGAACGAGUUUCCAUGGCCAGGCUGCAAUUCAUGCUGCGUACAAGGGAAACUCUGUAUUCUUUUCUGUAUAUAGAUUCAUUAUGCCUCCACUUGAUUUACAAGGUGAUAUGGCUUGAAUUUUAGAGUCCCUGUAAACCUUGUGGAAAUGUAUAAACGAUUGUUACUGGCAAUUGAUCACUUCUGAUCUCAUUGAUUCCACUUAUUUGUUUGUA